UUAUCAUUGUACAGAAAGCAUUUGUAAAUUUCAAUAAUUUUCAAAAAAUAUGGCUGAAAAACAUGCUAUUAUUUUGCUAGUAUUUCUACAAAUUGCUCUACAAAUUCAACAAAUUGCCAUGGUUGCUGUUGGUCCCUUAGACUAUAAUCAUUAUCCCAAUGCUACUUAUCCACUACCAGCGACCACAAUUGAACGUGUUGAACACUUUUCCAAUGGCUGUUACAAACAACGAGUCCGCGAACCUGAUCUCUUAAAUACCACAAGGUUUUACGAAACUGAACAAUUAAUAUGUCCACCCGGUGUCAAUGUUUCAUUUGUACCAGCUAAUAAUACGCCUAUACAAGCAUUACCAGUCCUACCCUAUCCUGCACACAACAUGACCCCUUCUUAUAUAAGACCUGCUGGAACUGCUCCCAUUGCCGCUAUGCCGCCACCUGCUGCACCAAAUCCUGUUGUUAUAACACAGCAACAAUUGUCGCCAGCAGGUAUUCCUUCAAAUACCACUUCACAAGUUGUAGUUCUUUCUAAGAAAUCCGGCUUCUAUGACCAUGAAAAGAAGAAAAAUUCUGCAAAUUCUUUGUACAAGUUUAAUUGCAUUUUUGUGUUUGUUUUCACGGCAAUAUUUUACAAUUUCAAUUAAACUCGUUUACGUCAAUAUCGGUGGCAUUGAUUGUAAAUAUGGAUGUAGUCAGUUGUUUGUAUCAAUGAUUUUAAUUGUACUCGUACAUAAGUUUUAACUUUUGCAAAAGAAAAUACAAAUGUAUGUU